CCUUGGUGGAGCAGCUUGCUGUGUCAGAUCCAAUUCCAGAGGGGUACUGGCCCCGCAGCCGGGCGACGUACGGGCAACCACUUCUAAAUGCAGACCGCCUGCUGGUCGUAGCAAGAGGACAGCAGUGCCACAAAUGUGAGUAUUUUAGUGGCCUUUCGUACGAUGAAAGUUUAGAGCACACUCUUGUUCGGUCUCUGGCUGAGCUCAAAUACGGGCUACAAAGGUGGAGAUGCCUCGAAACCGUGUAGUCGUUGCUGGUCGUCGUACGGACUCAAGUACCCUGAGCAAGUGGUGCGGGUUCUUCUCAAUCCUCGCACUGCAUCUGAGCUCGAGCUGCAAAGAGGCCUGCCAGAUUGGCGGUCUGGCUCUUCGCGAGCUUUGUCAUUCUACUCGAACCCCGUCUUGCCGGUCCUACGAGGAUCUGCGGCCCAACCGAGCGCUUACGCGGCCCCUUCCCCGUCGCCGGCUUCUGCUCCUCAACCAAGACCAAGACCUCAGCCGCCGAGAACAAAUCGUACGGAAGAAGCCAGAUUGGCUGAAGCCGAAGGAGAUGGCGAUGGCGAAGCACCGCCUGCUUACGAUGAAGUUGCCAGAGUCCGUCCAGAUAUGCGAUUGCCUCCGCAGCGCUUAGGAUCCGAGAGUGGCACGGGUACACUCCAACCAGGUGGCGUUUCAACAAGUAAUGCAAGCGCAUUCUCGCCUCCGCCUUCUUC